AUGGAUGUGAUUGCAAGUGUAAUCUACAUGUCGGAAAUUCGUCAACACAACAGAAUCACUAUCUCACUUGAGGACAUGCUCACCCACUGCGAGUCGAUGAACUCAUCAGCGUCUGUCAUUCCAUCCACUUGUAAUCUUCCAUGGCUCAUUCCACUGUCUCCUCCUCCGUCUUCUCCUCGUCCUACUCAUGCGUCUUGUGCAUUCACACCUCCCAUUCGUGCCGUGGAUUGCUCACUUCACAGCAACUAA